CGAUGAUUGUUUAGAGGAACACUCCAGUGCCCUGUCAGUUGGAGGACAUCCGAAGAUCGGAAAUGACGAAUGCCGCAAGCCGCGUUGAAUUUUUGACUGACUGGGUGAUUCGUAAUUGCUGUGUACGCAAGAAAGCAAAAACUUGUUUUUUUCGAAUGAUAUUAUCUUCGCUACCGUGGAAAUUCCCCACGGUGCCAACGUGUCGAUCUACAUGUUUUUUAAAACAUGCUUCUAAGAACCACGAAACAUUCUCUCGUGGUUCUCGACGAAAAUGGUUUUGACCAACGCUUCAUAAUAACGGCCGGAUGAACUGACAAUUCCCACGUGAUAGAUAUAUUGUUCUAAUCAGCCCUCAUCAACCGAGGGUGUAUCGUGGGAGCGAAUUUCCUACGCAACAAUAAAAUCGAGGACAAACCAUUGAGUCGGAGUGCAUAUCGGUACGAUUUUCCUCGUUCCCUCUUCACGCCACAGUAGCCCUUCAAAUGGAUUUUGCUUUUACUCUCGAUAUCAUUACUACUGUAAUGAUAGAUAUUUUUUGUGAUCAUUUAUUCUUCUGAUCACAAUUUUUAUGGAGAGAAAGAAAGAGAGAGAGAGUCAUUUCAACAAUGUCAAAUGAUGCCUUGCUCGAUAAGAACAAUAUAAUUCCUGAGGAAACUUUUGGUAAGAUUAUAGACGGCGAAACAAUGAAGAAGAUAGAGCCGAAAAAAGAUACCGAAGAUGCCAAGGAGCAGGACAAUCGUCGGGAAGUAGCAGAACUUUUUCGAUUCGUUGCGACGGUCGAAGAAACCAAAAUAAUGGACAAGCAUCGAGCCACUUUCAACAAACCUCCAUACAUUAAACCCUACAACAGAGACCGAAAUGACUGGACGGAGAACCACUUUUUUUACAAAGACGGAAAACAGGAUGACGCAUGCAAGGUCCUCUUCACUUCUUAUCAGGUCGAAACAUUGAUGGAGAAUUGUUCUAGAGUGGAUGUAUAUUCUAAUGCAAUGCCAAUCAAAGUCAACGAUGGAAAAGAUGAAAGUGGUGGCUUCUAUUAUGUUCAAGCUCAGAAACCCUGUAAUGCAGUCCCUAUUCCAAAUAUUACACCCGGCGGAGUUGUCCACAAAUACUUGGAUAGAUUGAAGAAGGUCAACGCAGAGUUUUUCGAAGACAACUGUCCAUUAGAGGAAGUACUAGAAAGUCUCUCCGAAGAAAACCUCACCGUUGCUUCGAAGGGGGGUGAUCACGAGGUUGCGAGCUUUGCGAAAACUUAUCGCAAAGCGCUAGUGGAUAGAGAUUUGAAGACCAUGUUCAAGCCACUGGAUGAUUGGCAGGGGGGCACUCUAGAUAAAACAAUUUAUGAGUUGACGUUAGGACUUGGCCAUGCUCGGAUGAUCUACAACAAGAAGAAUUCCGAGGAUCAAAAGAUUCUCAAUGCUCCACUUAUCGAAGUGCCUGUGGAAAUCGACGAGGAAUCUUUGAAGGUCGUUCCGGUCCCAGGUAGUCGACUCAAGUGGAACGGGGAAGCCAAGACUGCUCUACUCUUUGCUGGAGGUAGGAAGAAAAAAAUUCUUUCAGAUUUUCAGACUUUGGUUGUGAAAGCCGCCCCUAAGGAUGUGGUUCUUGGUGACCCACAAACAUACCUCAAGUUCGUAGAAAAGGCGAGCGAGUUUUGCUGGCACGGUGAGAUCAAGAAACCUACGGAUGAUUCACUACACGAGUUCCCACAAGAUUCGGGUGCAUUAGUGCUGACUGCAGGAUGGUGCCUCUUUGUGAGGCCGAAGAGGAGCAAUAGUAUCUCAAACGAUGCCCAUUUAAUAGCCAAGACUGUCGAAGCGACAGAUUUUAAUUUGUCUUUGCCUUUGCGUUCACUUGUUCUUGGAUCUAACAAUGAGAUUUCUGAGAAAUCUGAGCCCCUCGAAGAUGGUUCUGGUCCCUUACCAGUACUACCCCUUCCCGCAUCAAAAAGUCAGUUAGAAAUGAUCCGUAAGGUGUUCUCGAAAAACAAUGAUGUAACACUCAUUCGGGGACCGCCUGGGUAAGUAACUUAUUUCUUCUAUCACGCUCCUCGCCUCUCUUUCCUUCUAUUGUCGAUCUCAUAUUCAGUUUUAUUCAUGAAACUGGUAAUAUAGAACGGGAAAAACGCAGACAGGAUUAAAUAUGGCAUCGGUAGUUCUACAGCGAGGUUUUGAUUGCUUGGUAACAUCGGAUAACCCAAGAGCUCUCGAGGCAUUCGAACAAAAAUUGCCUGAAGAUCUAAAAGUGUUUUGCAUAAACAUGUCCAGUAUGCAAGAAGACGGAAUCAGUAAACUCUCCCAAACUUUGGAUCGUUUAGAGGCCAAGCUAGUGACUCUUCUCGACGGCAAGGAUAGCCACGAAAAAAUGAUGGAGGUACGUUUCGAUUGGAAUGUUCUCUAUCACUGUUGGACCCUACUAUUAUUUCUCACCAUGCCUGUCUCGUACUUUCAUAGACGCUUGAGCAAAAAAUUGAUCGAAUGAAGAAGGAUCGUGGGGACUUGAUGGCAAAGCUCGAAGUGCGUAGUAAGAUUAAUCGAGGCUUGAUGGAACAAAACGGAUUCAGCCAACUCGUAAAGCAUGGUCUAAAAGGAGAUUCCAAAGUACGCCCAGUCAUCCUUAGCAUCCUCCAACACCACGACUUGGAUGGUUUAAAAAGGGACAUCAUGGACCUAUCCGAAAAACAAGGUAUCGAGGCUCUAGAAUCUAUUUCUUUUCGAUGCGACGACUCACAAAACAUUACGCAGGACUUGAUUCAUUUUGCAGAAAAGAAGGCUACGCCUGCAGGACCUAAGUCAACUGGAAAGCGUCGUCAGCUCUCUAUGUUCCCUUUACAUUCUGGAGAGAAGCUUCUGGAUCAGAUCGAGUCAUUUAGAUUAAAUGAAGACAAAAAGGAUAGAAAACCUGUCACUCCAGACGACUGGUCUCGAGUUGUCCGAGGUUUAAAAGUAAGAAGAAGCCAGUCCGAUUUUCGCGAAGUUCACGUAAACUCUCUUGUAAAUAGAGGUUUCCCAAAGACUCUUAUCUAUGGACCUGACGAUGUGACAGUGCGCCAAGAAUUUAUUGAGAAUGUUACUGGUCUUUACGAAAGUGUUGAUGGAGUCGGUCGCAAAGAUCUUGACGACCUUCUGCAGUUUUUGGAGGAUGUGAGUAGCAACAGGAAAUCACAGGAGGUACUGCGGGAUUUUUCUAUGAGACUUCGAGAGCUUAAGGUGGAAUUGGUGUAUGCGACUAUUGCACGGAAUCGUAGCGGGUUUACGGGUUUAGACCUUGGUAACUUUAGUCAAUUGAAGGAAUUGACUUUAAUAAUGAAGGAUAGCGAGAUAGAUGCCGCCAAAGCCAGCGACGCUACGAAGCGUAAAGCGGCAAAGUUUGCAGAGAAGUUCCGCAAGAGUCUAGGAUGCAUGCCUCUCCUUCUCAUGACUACAGAUCAAGGUGAGUCUUUCAACUUUUUGACUUGUCGUUCAUCUAUUGUCUUUUUCUUACUAACAUAGGUUCUCUCUUAUAGUCAGUAGAUAUAUUCCUGUGGAUCAUCGCUUUCGCUUGGUAAUUGCUGACGAAGCUUCACAGUCCCCAAGCAGUACUGCUUUGACUAUCUUAUCUCGGGCAAAGCAAGCAGUGGUGCUCGGAGACUCAAAACAGGCGCUCCCGACAGAUGAUCUGACUGAAGAGUCGAAAAGUGCACUCGAUAAAUGCAGCGGCGACCAGAAGCACAAGCUCAACGAUCUGUUUUUGCCUGGCAACGGGAAUAGUCUGUACGAGGUUUGUCUCUCACGAUUUGCUGGGAGUCUUGGAAUGCUAAAAGAUAAUUUUCGGAGCCCAGCGGACAGUAUAUCAUGGAGCAAUACUGAAAUAUAUUCGGACCAGAUACAAGCAUGUAGGCCAAAUGGAAGCAGGCCAUCGUUGAGACUAAAUGUCACAAGAAACGGCACAGAGGAGAUGGCGCAAUUUCUGUAUGAUAUUGUGGAAGAUACACUUUCUUCAGACAUUGAUAACGAAGUGCCAACGCUUGGCGUCAUUAUGAUGGGGCAAAAGAGAGAGGCGAAAGCCUUCAAGGAAGUUCUCGAUACGAAGUUAAUUCCUUUGGAAAAUCAAUAUGGAACUGAAGCUGUCGGUCGUCAUUGUAUCAAGGUAGCCACACCAGAGGAAUUUCAAGGCGACCAAAGGAACAUCAUUUUGAUUGGAUGCUUGCCUGAGAACUCAAAGGUGCCUUACGAGACUAGUCCGGACUGCAGGCGGCUGUGGAAUGUAGCAACAACUCGUCACAAGCGCGAGUCAAUUAUUUUUUCUUCCUACGAUCUCAAUAGGAUUAAGAAAGGCGACAUCAAACAUAAAAUAUUUUUUAUGUACAAACAUCCGGAAACGCGUGAAAAUGUUAGACCCUUCAAGGCGGGAAAGACUGACAUACGGUCAAUGGCAGAAGAUAGGCUUUUUGAUCAACUUGCAUCACAUGGAUACGAGACUCGUCGUAAUGCAUCUGAACAAUGGAAAAAUGCUUUAUCUAUUGGACUGAAGAACGAUCUACGCAGCGACAGCUGUCAACUUGUUUCAAUCGAAAACUACGGUGAAACCGCAGAUGAUUGGCGCAAAGUCGUUCAUCAACAGGAAGGCCUUGAAGAACUAGGAAUAUCAUGUCUUCGUGUAGAUGCUUUGGCCUUAUCUCUUAAUUUCCAGGCAGUGUUUGAAGAUGUUAUUGCAUUUCUUAGCAAGGCAGGAUUGCCUCCUCCAACGAACUUUGUUUCAGAUAAAUCGGACGCUGCAUCCAAUGCGACGACUAGGACAAGUGACGACAACAUUUCUGUGGACUCCGAUACAAAGCUACUUCCCUGCUCACGUCACCGAAAACGAUCUCCAGGUAGAACUUCAAGCAGGGAUGCCAAGCGACGAAAGGGUCACCUCGUCAUUGAAUGAUUUCAUCACACGUUAUGUGUGGAACUUGUACCACGCCAAAGAUUCGUCACCAGGAAUUUGAAUCUGGCUGAAAUUGCUGCUAUUUUUGCCGGCUGCUUCAUCCGCAUGUAACAAUUUCGAUAUGCAAUUUGUAGGAACUUUUGAACAAACUAUCGUAAUUAUU